AUGACUAUCAAGUCUUCAUCGAUUACAGACAUGACAUCUAAGCUUGGCUUGUCAGCGUAUCAAGCUAAACGACAAGCUCUGAUUAACCUCGCAUUAAAAAGAGAACCAGCUCCAAUUACACCGCGUUCGAAAACAGUUGUUACUUUUGUUGAGGAUGUACCAAGUAGGAAUACUAGUAUUCAAGAACCCUUAUCUACAAGCACACCGAUUAAUCAACAUCCAUCGCCUAGACGACAAAUUAUUACAAUAGGAUCAGCACCAGUGAUCGUCGGUCGUCUUCCAAUUACAAGUGCUCCUAUCAACGAGUUACCGUUAUGCUCUAGGCAUGCGAGCGCAAUGAAAACAGCAACAUUAUCACCGCAAAAAGUCAUAAAUGAAUUACCGCCAGCAAAUACGCAAUCAGCUUAUACCGUAACAUCAAUACUAAAGAAGACUACCGUGCGAGUAACAUCUACAGUCCUACCACCAGUGGAAGCAAGCUCCGGUAUUUCGCCACUAUUUCCUCUGGUAGCUCUAGCACUACUUGUGCUUGUGCUUGGUGCAGCCGCGAUCAUUAUACCACCCGUGGCUUUAUCAAUACAAACAUACAAAGACAUAUAUUGUAUUCCUGGCUGUUGGAACGGUGGCAGUUGUUCAGCUAAAAACGUCUGUACUUGUUUAACAGGCUUCCAAGGAGAUCGUUGUCAAUCACCUAUAUGUAAUCAAAGUUGUAUCCAUGGACUUUGCACAAGUCCUUAUCAUUGCCAAUGUCAAGCAGGUUGGAAUGGGACGUAUUGUGACCAACCUGUUUGCACUACUGCUUGUGUCAACGGAAAUUGUACUUUACCCAACUAUUGCAGCUGCAUUGCUGGAUAUUCCGGUUAUUUAUGUUUGACGCCUGUCUGUUCGCCAUCAUGUGUACACGGAUUUUGUACAGCACCGAACACCUGCACAUGUAAUACUGGAUGGAAUGGUACCAUUUGUGACGAACCAAUAUGUUCACCAGCGUGCGUUAAUGGGAAUUGUACAUAUCCCAACGUAUGCAAUUGUAGCACAGGUUGGAAGGGUAGUAUAUGCGAUACUCCUAUUUGUUCGCCUGCUUGCUUACAUAAUUCGAACUGUACAGCUCCAAACACGUGUGCUUGUUCAGCCGGUUACAAUGGUAGCAUUUGUCAAAGUCCCAUUUGUCCUGUGGCUUGUUUAAAUUCUGGCAACUGCACGGCACCAUCCAAUUGCACUUGCCCAUCGACAUAUACUGGCGCAAUCUGUGAAACUCCUGUAUGCAAAAAUGCAUGCCUGAACGGUGGAAAUUGUACUGCACCGGAUACGUGUACUUGUGUUUCAGGAUGGAAUGGUAGUCUUUGUGAAACACCUAUUUGUUCACCAUCUUGUAUAAAUGGAGGCACUUGCAUUUCACCACAGAAUUGUUCUUGUAAAACAGCGAAUUGGGUUGGAUCUAUAUGUGAAAUACCGGUUUGCAGUAGUAACUGUAGCAACGGUGGUACAUGUGGACCGACUCCUCAUAUAUGUAAUUGCACUGCGCAAUGGACAGGUACAUUUUGUACUAGUCCUGUUUGUACGAUACCAUGUGAAAACCAAGGCGUGUGCACAUCGCCAGAUAUUUGUUCCUGUCAAAUAGGAUACAAUGGUAGCGUUUGUCAAUAUCCUAUCUGUGAUCAGCCGUGUAAUAAUGGCGGUAUCUGUAUUGCGCCCGGUCAAUGUAAUUGUACAAGCUCGUGGUCAGGUUUUUUAUGCGACAUACCACGAUGUAAUCCGAUAUGUGAAAAUGAUGGAGUAUGUGUAGCUCCAAGUACAUGUCUUUGUAAUAAUUCGACUUGGACUGGCUCUUACUGUCAAACACCAAUCUGUUCGAGUCCCUGUCAAAAUGGUGGCCAGUGCAUAGCACCAAAUACUUGCCAAUGUGCUACUGGUUAUACGGGCUCUCUUUGUCAAUACCCUAUGUGCGUACCAGUAAACAAUCAUGAUCUUUUUGGAUAUCAAGAAUCAAAUGCUACUUGUCAAAAUGGUGGAACAUGUAUAUCACCGAAUCAAUGUGCAUGUACUUCAUCGUGGAGUGGAACAUACUGUCAACUCCCUGUUUGUACAGCAGCUUGUCUAAAUAAUGGCAACUGCACUGCUCCGAAUACGUGUACCUGUGAUACAACACUUUGGACCGGUGUAAUAUGUGAAACACCCGUUUGUACACCAACAUGUCAAAAUUCAGGCAACUGUACUUCUCCGGGUGUAUGCACUUGCGACACAACACAAUGGAGCGGUAGUCGUUGUGACGUACCAGUAUGCACACCGACUUGCCAAAAUUCUGGAAAUUGCACUUCUCCAGGUGUAUGUACUUGCGAUACGACACUAUGGAGUGGAAGUCGCUGCGAAACACCUGUUUGUACACCAACAUGUCAAAAUUCGGGUAACUGUACUUCUCCUGGUGUGUGCACUUGCGACACUACGAAAUGGACUGGCAGUCAGUGUCAAACACCUGUAUGUGCAUCUCCAUGCCAAAACUCGGGUACUUGCACUGCUCCAAAUACUUGUACAUGUACAUCACAAUGGACUGGAGCAGAUUGUACUACCGUCAAUUGUCAUAUGUGCAGUGGAUCAUCAUAUAGUUUAUCUUGUUACAACUGUAUUAUAUCAAACAACAUGUGCACAGUAACAUGUGAUUGUGCAUACAGUGGUGGAAAUUUUACAACAUCCAUAGGUUUACUAACAGGUGUCAAUAAUGGAUGUGAUCUGGCUAAUAUCAAUGGAAACUUGACGUGCACGGGUUCAUGUCCAUAA